AUGGAUAUCAUGUCAUUGGAUGCACUAUAUUUCAGUUCAAACAACCUAACCGGUCAAAUACCUCCAUUGCCAAGAAACCUCAGCGUGUUGGAUAUCUCGAGAAAUUCUUUAUCAGGACCCUUGCCAUCAAAUUUUGGAGCGCCAAAUCUAGAUUUGAUUGCAUUGUAUUCUAAUUACAUCAGUGGUCAGAUACCAACAUCUAUCUGUGAAUUGAGCUUGUAUGGCUUGGAUUUGGCCAAUAAUCUUUUUGAAGGAGAACUUCCUCAAUGUUUAAAUAUGUCAAGAAUGACAUAUCUAUUAUUAAGUAACAAUAUUAGCUUCUCUGGCAACUUCCCACCAUUUCUAAGAAGCUGCACGAGUCUGUCGUUUCUGGAUCUAUCAUGGAAUAGAUUCUCAGGAACAUUGCCAAUGUGGAUCGGGAGCUGCAGUUCAUUGCAGUUUUUACGACUGAAUCACAACAUGUUCUACGGGCAUAUUCCAAACAACAUCACAAGUCUCACAAAUAUUUAUCAUCUGAAUCUUGCAGCCAAUUGGAUAUCAGGUGUCAUACCUCCGCAUCUAUCAAAUCUAACGUUUAUGACAAGAAGAUAUAUACUGGAUCCUUACAAGGACGUUCCCGCCGGGUUCCAAGAUAUAAUUGGUGAAUUAUUAAUAGACACCAAGGGACAACAACUCAAUUACCAUGGUGCGGGUGUUUUGGAGAUACUGAGCAUUGACCUCUCAUCGAACCAUUUAACCGGUAAAAUUCCAGACGGGAUAACAUCUCUCGAUGGAUUGGUAAAUUUGAACUUAUCUCGAAAUCAACUGAAUGGAGAAGUUCCUGACAAGAUUGGGGCCAUGCAGUCGUUGGAGUCACUUGACCUCUCCAACAACAAUCUUUUUGGAGAAAUCCCAUCAAGCAUAUCAAAUUUGACAUUUUUAAGCAUUUUGGACUUGUCUUAUAAUAAUCUAACAGGAAGAAUACCAUCAGGACGUCAACUUGACACUCUCUACACAGGGAAUCCCUCUAUGUACGACGGAAACACCGGUCUAUGUGGGCGUCCUCUUCAAAGGAAUUGUGGAAGCAAUAAUACAUCUGAGCAUGGAGAUGAAAAGAGAGAUGAACAUCAUUCUGGGCCAAUGUUCUUUUACUUUGGACUUGGCAUCGGAUAUGUAGUUGGUCUAUGGGUGGUGUUUUGUGCCCUACUAUUCCAGAAAGCGUGGAGGAUUGCUUAUUUUCGCCUAGUCGGCAGGUUUUAUGAUAAAAUUUAUGUGUUUGUGGUUAUAACAUGGAAAAGCUUUACUAGGAAGGCAGACGUACGCUAAGUGCUAAAACACAACUAAUGGUGAUGUGGCUCCCACUGUAAUGGAGUUCUACGAAUACUUGGAAGGUGAACAGGUGAAGUGGCAUUUAGCAACAUCUAUAU